GAUAAUGUCUUGGGCGGAUCUCGUCAACAAUAACCUCGUCGGCUCUGGUAAUGUCAGUAAAGCGGCCAUAUGCGGAUUUGAUGGUUCAAUCUGGGGUAAAAGCGAUAAUUUCAAGAUUACGCAAGAAGAGGCAGCAGCUGCUGGACGGGGUUUCGCCAACAAAGACGGUUUGUUGGGCACCGGAUUGAAGUUCGAAGGCGAAAAAUAUUUCGUCUUGAACGCCGAUGAUGACCGAGUAAUCGGAAAGAAAGGCUCACAAGGAUUUUUCAUAUAUAAAACGGGACAAGCUGUUAUAAUAUCAAUCUACGAAGAAAACGGUGAGAGCAAUACGGUACCACAUCAUGUUACGUUUCUGCUUACUUGCCGCAUUACAAGACGGUUUUGAAGCAACCAAAUGACAAUUAUUCUAAGUGUCUUGUAUUAAGUCUUUUGCAUAAUUUACAUUUACGCA